AUGGAUCAAUCACUUUUGGAUGGAGUAGAAGCGCUAACUGCCAGUGUUGACAACAUGGAAACAUGUCUUAGAAACACUAAAACGACAACAGAAUCGAGUACAAAACUAGCUACAAACAUGCUACAAUGCAAUCGAGUAUUUCAGCUUGUCUCUGAAUAUGACAUGCAAAGGGCAAGACUUGACUUGAUGGAGGAGAUUGAGCCGUUAUUACAGAAAUUGUAUAGUAAACUCGAAAAAGGAUUGGGUAAACUGGAAAGGGAACGUGCAACAUUAUCUCAGACUUUUGAGUUGAACAAGUUACGUCUUAAUAAUCAUGGGGCUGCUCCAUUAACGGACGGCAUUGUAAACGAUCGGUCGGACCCGGUGGUAAUUGUUUCGUCAACGCAUGAAGAAUUAGAACGGUUGAAAGAGUUGAAGAAUCGAAAGGAAGAAUUAUUGGAUAAGAUACGACAAUUGAAUAACAAUUAG